UUCCAGUCGCCGCAGCAGUUCUUUUACUUGUAGCUGUUGUAGCUGCAUGCUGCUUAAAAGUACGUCGUGACAAGGCAAGAAAGAGAAGAUUUAAUCUGAAGACCCUUCCAGCAAUCAGAGUAGAGUCUUUUCCUCCAUCCAUGGACAGUAACGGAUAUCUGUUACCCGUUGACCCCAAUGGUGGCUACGCCCAGAUUUCAGAUACAGCAACAUAUUCAGAAAACUACUACAGUUCUAUCAACGAAUUGGACUUCAUGAAUGAAGGUGCUGCAAGUGAUGGACAGUCCGAGAUCACAACUGGACUUGACGAGAAUCAGGCGGGUGAUGUGGACUGUUUGUCCGAUACUGAAACGAAAACAGAUUUAAAGUUCGACAAUAAGAUGUAUAAACAACUUGACGCUAAGAGCGAUGGAGAAGUUGAUAGAACUGUAGAUAAGAAGCUUGAUGUUAAUAUGGAUGGAGAAAUUGACAUUGAGACGAUAGGUCACGUUGACAGAAAGACAGAUGGUCAGCUUGACAAAGAGACUGACGGUCAACUUGAGGAAACAAAAGAUGAUAAGCUUGAUGUUAAGAGCGAUGGACAAGUUGAUAGAACAGUAGAUGAUAAGCUUGAUGUUAAGAGCAAUGGAGAAAUUGACUUUAAGACAAUUGGUCACCUUGACAGAAAGACAGAUGGUCACCUUGACAGAAAGACAGAUGGUCACCUUGACAGAAAGACAGAUGGUCACCUUGACAGAAAGACAGAUGGUCACCUUGACAGAAAGACAGAUGAUCACCUUGACAGAAAGACAGAUGGUCAGUUUGACAAACAGACAGACGUUCAACUUGAGAAAACAAAAUAUGUUGAGCUUGACAUAAAGAGAAACGAAGACUUGGACAUUAAGAAAGAUACAGAGCAAAAAACAAGUACAAACAAACAGCUAGACAAAGAUCAGCAAAACGAAUCUAUACCAGCCGAUGGGUUAAACGACUACGCCAAGCUGUAUGACACCCCUGGAAAUGUUUUUUCGCCGGAAGUAAAUACAUAUGUAACUCUUAAAUUUUAAAGCUUUAUAUUUCCUCUUAACAUAUUCCAGAUAGUGUGAUUUAUCAUUAGACGUACAGAAUGUCAAUUAAAAUGUUACAGUAAAAGAAAAUCACACCCAUUAUGGAAAAACGUAAACAUACUUAGCUCAUCAAUAUUUUU